GAGACAGAAAGCUUUGCAGUCUUUUAAAAUGUCCGGCAUAGCAGCUAAACUUCAGCACAACCGAGAGAAAGCACAUGGGAUUGGAUCCAACUACAAUGCUGUGAAAUAUCUGAAUCAGGACUAUGAAUCGCUGAGGGCAAGCUGUCUGGAUCGAGGCCGGCUAUUUGAGGAUGACUGCUUUGAGCCUCUGCCCUCAUCCUUAGGCUUCAAUGAACUUGGACCAAACUCCCACAAAGUUCGGGGCAUUACCUGGAAAAGACCAAAGGAAUUGUGUUCCAAUCCACAAUUCAUAGUUGAAAACGCCACCAGGACGGAUAUUUGUCAAGGAGCGCUCGGUGACUGCUGGCUCCUGGCAGCCAUCGCAUCCUUGACUCUCAACAAACAGGUUCUGACGCGUGUUGUCCCCCAUGAUCAAAGCUUUGAGGAGAACUAUGCGGGCAUCUUUCACUUUGAGUUCUGGCAGUUUGGUGAGUGGGUGGAUGUGGUGGUUGAUGACCGCUUGCCUACCAGAGAUGGCGAGCUGCUGUUUGUUCACUCAGCAGAGGGUUCAGAGUUUUGGAGUGCGCUGCUGGAGAAGGCCUAUGCCAAGAUAAAUGGAUGCUACGAGGCUCUUUCUGGAGGCAGCACCACUGAGGGUUUUGAGGACUUCACUGGAGGCAUUGCUGAGAGCCAUGACCUGAAAAACGCAGAUCCCCGCCUCUUCAAAAUCAUUAAGAAGGCCUUGGAGAGAGGCUCCCUUCUGGGAUGCUCCAUUAAUAUUACCAGCUCGGCCGACUCAGAAGCAGUCACCUAUCGCAAGCUGGUGAAGGGCCAUGCUUACUCUGUGACAGGAGCGGACAAGGUGGAUUACAGAGGAGACACGGUGCAACUAAUCAGGAUAAGAAACCCGUGGGGUCAGGUGGAGUGGAAUGGAGCCUGGAGCGACAAUUCUUCUGAGUGGAGAUACGUGAGCAGUGAUGACCGGGCAAGGCUGACCAACCGUUCUGAGGAUGGGGAGUUCUGGAUGUCGUUUUCCGACUUCUUGCGCCAAUAUUCUCGCCUUGAGAUCUGCAACCUCACCCCUGAUGCACUCACAGGGGAUGAGUACAAGAAAUGGGCAGAGUCAGAGUUUGAAGACACGUGGAGAAGAGGCGUGUCAGCUGGUGGCUGCAGAAACUAUCCAAAUUCCUUCUGGAUGAACCCUCAGUUUGUCAUAAAGCUGGACGAGGUGGAUGAUGACCCUGAUGAUGGUGAGGAGGGCUGCACCUUCAUUGUGGGCUUGAUGCAGAAGAACAGGCGCCGUAUGAGGAAAAUGGGGCAGGAUAUGGAGACCAUCGGCUUUGCCAUCUAUGAGCUGCCUGAGGAGUACUCUGGCAAAAGGCAAGUGCACCUGAAGAAAAACUUCUUCCUGCGCAACUGUUCAGCAGCACGCUCCGAGACCUUCAUCAACCUGCGAGAGGUGUGCAACCACUUCUCUCUUCCCCCCGGAGAAUACCUCAUCAUCCCUUCCACCUUUGAGCCCAACAAGAAUGGAGACUUUUAUGUGCGGGUGUUCUCUGAGAAACAGGCUGAUUUCCAGGAGAUUGAUGAUCCUGUAGAAUCCCAUGUUGAGCAGAUUGAUAUUGAUGAAGAUGACAUCAGUGACAGAUUCAAGAGACUGUUUGGACAGCUAGCUGGUCAUGAUGUGGAGAUUUCUGCCUUCGAGCUGCAGAGAAUCCUCAACCGAGUGGUGACGAAGAGAGAUGAUAUCAAAACCGAUGGGUUCAGCUUGCUGACUUGUCGCAACAUGAUCAACCUGCUCGAUAAAGAUGGAAGUGGCAAGCUGGGAGUGGUAGAAUUUAAGAUCCUGUGGACAAAGAUUGAGAAGUUCCUGGAUCUGUACAAAGAGAGAGACGCAGACCAAAGUGGCUGUAUGAGUGCCUCCGAGAUGCGGAUGGCUGUUGAGGCUGCUGGCUUCUCUCUCAACAACGCUCUGCAUCAGAUAAUUGUGGCCCGCUACAGUGAACCAAGCCUUACCAUUGACUUUGACAACUUUGUGGGCAGCCUUAUCCGCUUAGAGUCACUCUUCAACACCUUCAAUACCCUGGACAAGGAUGGGGACGGUGAGAUAGAACUGGGUUUUAUGGAGUGGCUGAAUCUGGUGAUGUUGUAGAGCAGCACUGACUGUUCACAGCUGAAGACUUGUGUUGAAAAGUCAUCAUAUCUGAAUAUGCUGUAUUUUUUCUUGUGUAUGGCAGUUUGUGUCUUGUGUAACAACCUAAUCAAUAGUUACUGAUGUUUAGGGGAAAUAAUUGGACUUUGA